GGUUGAUGCCACCGGGCGAUGGAUCGCCGAACCUUCCGGAGUAACUCCUGCAACGCCGGCAAGAGCCAGGCCGCGCCGCCCUUCUCGGUCUCCAGGACCUCCUCGGCCCCGGCCGCGACGGGGGCGGGCUCCAAGGACGACGCCGGCGAGCGCAGGGCGCUGCUGCCGCCGCGCCGGCCCGAGGGCGGCACCGCGCGCAAGGGCCAGAAGAAGCCCAAGCGCCGCGUGCAGUGGAAGGACACGCACGGGAAGAAGCUCGUCGAGGUACUCGAGUUCCAGCCUAGUGAUUCAAGUGACUCGGAUGAUGAAUAUUUGGAUACUUGCAUAUGUGCAAUCAUGUAAAUACCGUGGGGAUGAAUCUUGGGUGCAACUUGCGCAGGUGGAGAGUAUGAAUGUUUAGCAAGAGCUGUAUCUUAAUGUUAAGCAUUGGCCUAACAGUCUUGUAUAGAAAAAGGUUCACUCCCACAAGCUCAAAUUAUCUCUUAUAAUUCAAGUAGGGGCCCGUCUGUCUGCCAUCUCCGGCUCUCCGCCACUGAGAAAGGACCGGCGACAAGGAGCACAUGCAAUCUGUUUGGAUGUGCAAGCAGCAGGAUGUUAAGUUAGAAUUCAGAGAUAUUGCAGCAGUUAGAAACGGGGGGAAGGAUGCCAAGAAAGGAAGGAAAGCCUUUCUUGGAUUUAUUUUUUGGACCGCGGUGCUGCAGCAGCCUCGCUUUUCCUGACGAGCAAUGCUAUAUGUGAUGAGCGGAAUGCUCUUCCUGGAAUCAGAACAAUAGUAGUAUUUGUGUUAUUGCACAGCCCGAACUGUAAUUGGUUUUUGUCAAUAGUGUGUGCCGUUUGGCAUGUUAACGAGCUGAUUUCCCUUUGUUACUUUGACCACACACUAAAUUAUUCUUACAGUAACUAAUAUCCAUUGAAUGUUCCAA